UCCAUUUACCCGCCAAUUGGCUUCCACAUUAUCCAUUAGUGACGAGUUCCUUCUAACACCUUCACUCUCCUUCAAGCUCUCAACCCAACCUUCAAUUUGAUCAAAUGUGGGGGCAAUGAUUAGUCUUUGUAUGAACCAAAUUCAUGCAAAGAUGCACUCCUUACCUGCUCAUAUUCAUAUGGUAGUGCUGUUGCCUUCAAGAAAAUGCUGGCACCAAAACCCAUUAGUAUCGUCCUGUUCUUCCUUGCCAGUAGUGUCUGGCAGUCAGUCGAGAAGGUGUUAUUUGGGCAAAUUCAAAAGACGCUUCCCCUCUGAACCUAAUCUAAAACCACUCACUUCUCGCGUUGUUGAGCUCACUCGCAGAAGGCAACUCCACCAGAUUUUUGUGGAAAUUGAGAUUGCGAAGAAACGACAUGGGCAGUUGAACACCAUUGUGAUGAAUGCAGUGAUGCAUGCUUGUGUUCAUUGUGCUGAUAUAGAAUCGGCCUUAAGGGUAUUUGAUGAAAUGUCAGGCCCAGAGGGUUGUGGUGUUGAUAAUAUCACUUAUUCUACACUUUUAAAGGGUUUGGGUGAUGCCCGAAGAAUUGAUCAAGCGUUUCAAUUACUUGAAGCUGUUGAACAAGGUACCGCUGUUGGAAGUCCAAAACUUUCGCCACCGCUUGUUAGUGGUCUGCUAAAUUCUCUAAUUGAAGCAGGGGAUCUACGCCGUGCUAAUGGUCUUCUUGCACGAUAUGGUUUUGUACUUCACGAGGGUGGAUCUGUCUUGGUCUACAACUUAUUGAUGAAGGGGUACAUAAGCACAGGUAGUCCUGAGGCAGCAUUAAGUUUGCAUGAUGAAAUACUAAGACAUGGACUGAACCUGGAUAAGCUCACAUAUAAUACACUAAUCCUAGCAUGUGUGGAGACUGGAAAGUUGGAUGUUGCGAUGCAGUUCUUUGAGGGCAUGAAGGACAGAGCGCAAACUGUUGAAGAUGAUGACAUUUUUCCGGAUGUAGUCACCUACACUACGUUGCUAAAGGGUUUUGGUCAUGCCCAGGAUCUUCUUUCAGUUCAAAAGAUUGUCAUAGAAAUGAAAUCAUCCAACAAUUUGCAUAUCGAUCGAGUUGCUUACACUGCAAUCAUUGAUGCCUUCUUGAAUUGCGGGACAAUAAAAGGCGCUCUGACUGUGUAUGGGGAAUUAGUAAAGAAAGCUGGAGAAGAUUCUCGCUUACGGCCAAAGCCUCAUCUCUUCCUUGCUCUGAUGCGCGCUUUUGCUGUUAGAGGAGAGUAUGAAAUGGUUAAAAAACUGCAUGGACGCAUGUGGAUGGAUUCAUCUGGAACAAUCACCUCUAAAGUUAAUGAAGAGGCUGAUCAUCUCCUAAUGGAGGCAGCAUUAAACAAUGGGCAGUUGGAUUUGGCCCUACAGUACAUGAAAGGCAAUAUUGAGAAAUGGAAGCAAAUACCAUGGGCUAGUCGAGGUGGAAUGUAUUCCUCAUCAGAGAGAGCAUGUUCUAUUCCAGUUGCUCUGCGAAUUGAAGCAUUACUUGGUUCCAGUGUUUCUAUAUUUAGUCCUUGCAUACUGCCACAGGUGUCAGUACGUGAUACUAUUGAGCAUAUCAUGGUUCCAUUUUCUGAAGCAAGGCCACUGCAAGCUACCCUGAAACUAAAGGAAGUGGUCAUGCGUUUCUUUAAGGAUUCGACUGUUCCAGUCAUAGAUGAUUGGGGAAGUUGUGUUGGAAUACUGCAUUGUGAAGACUGCAAUGAGCUGGAUGCACCACUUUCAGCCAUGAUGAGAAGUCCACCUCCUUCUGUGACAACCUCAACAUCCAUUGGUCGCGUUAUUGAUCUAAUGCUAGAGAAGAGGUACAAAAUGGUUAUUGUUGCAAAAUACGAAAAUGUGCGCGGAAUGUUUUACAGCCCCAAUGUAAGAGCUGUCGGAGUUUUUACAUCUGAACAGUUAUAUAAGCUUGCUCCAACUUCAUCACAGCUAGCCAUUCAAAAUUCUUCUGCCUGUAGAGAACCUAUUGAAAUUUGUAGAUAGAAUACCUCGAGAAAGGGAAUUUGCAUGAGCU